GCAUCCUCCAUGGAGCCCAAAAAGCACCUAACACCAUAAACCCUACCUAGCAACCUAGCUUCUCACCAAUCAGUGUUCUAAAUACUAUUUGAUUCUCAAUAUUGUACCUUCUUGCUUCUACUUGGCGUUGGGUUUAAUUUGGAAUUCUAGUCUAAAGGUAAGAGCUCCAUAGAGAAUGGAGAAGGUGACACAAUUGGCAUCAGAGAGGCCAGUGGUGAUAUUUAGCAGGAGCACUUGUGCCAUGUGCCAUGCGAUAAAAAGCCUGCUGCGUGAGUUUGGUGUGAACCCUGCAGUUUAUGAGGUAGAUGAGAUACCUAGAGGAAGGGAAAUAGAGCAAGCACUGUCGAGGCUUGUGUCCCCAACCUUGCCUGCGGUUUUCAUUGGAGGUGAACUUGUGGGUGGAGCCAACGAGGUCAUGACUUGUCACCUUAAUCGUUCCUUGAUCCCAAUGCUUAGACGUGCAGGCGCAUUAUGGGUUUGAUCAUGCAUCACCGCCCACGCUACGUACUCUAAUAUAUACAUAUAUAGAAUAAGCAUGGAGGCUUUUUAUUUUAUUUUAUAUAUAUAAUAUUAUAUUAUAUAUAAUGCUAUAAAGUGCAGGAUCCAUAUGUUGCAUUUAGAGAGAUCUAAGUUUAACUUUUAUCU